GAAAAAUUGCAAGAAUUGUAGACCUCUGUUGGCAUGUCAGAUGAACUAGUAAAUCUAAACGUCUGGGGAUGAUACCGGUAACGCCCUAGAUCUUGUAACAAUUAAUCAUCUCACGGAAUGUGCAAUGUUUAAUGUAUAUUGAUAUAAAAAACACAAAAUAUCCGUUUAAAUAAUCAUAUUGAAAAAUGGAUAGUAAAGGCAGAAAGAUUAUUGUUUGUGAUAACGGAACAGGGUUUGUAAAAUGUGGAUAUGCAGGAGCAAAUUUUCCAGCACACAUAUUUCCAUCUAUAGUUGGACGUCCUAUUAUCAGAGCUGUCAAUAAAAUAGGAGACAUUGAUGUGAAGGAUGUGCUUAACAUGCCUGACUUAAUGGUUGGAGAUGAAGCAAGUAAACUUCGUUCCAUGCUAGAAAUUAGUUAUCCAAUGCAAAAUGGAAUUGUUAGAAAUUGGGAAGAUAUGUGUCAUGUAUGGGAUUACACAUUUGGCAAAGAGAAAAUGAAUAUUAAUCCUAGGGAAUGUAAAAUUUUAUUGACGGAACCACCAAUGAAUCCUAUUACAAAUCGUGAAAAAAUGAUUGAGGUAAUGUUUGAAAAAUAUGGUUUUGCUGGUACAUAUAUUGCAAUUCAAGCAGUACUUACUUUAUAUGCUCAAGGAUUAAUCAGUGGUGUUGUAGUAGAUUCUGGUGACGGAGUCACUCAUAUUUGUCCUGUAUUUGAAGAAUAUGCUUUACCUCAUCUUACUCGACGAUUAGAUAUAGCUGGUCGAGAUAUUACAAUGUAUUUAAUAAAACUUCUCUUGUUACGUGGUUAUGCAUUUAAUCAUUCUGCUGAUUUUGAAACAGUUAGAAUGUUAAAAGAAAAAUUAUGUUAUAUUGGUUAUAAUAUUGAAACUGAAGAAAAGUUAGCUCUUGAAACAACUGUUUUAGUUGAAUCAUAUACUCUUCCUGAUGGAAGAGUAAUAAAAGUAGGUGGAGAGAGAUUUGCUGCACCAGAAGCUUUAUUUCAGCCUCAUUUGAUAAAUGUUGAGGCUCAAGGAAUUGCUGAAUUGGUAUUCAGUACUAUUCAAGCAGCUGAUAUUGAUAUAAGAAGUGAAUUAUAUAAACAUAUUGUUUUAAGUGGUGGUAGUACAAUGUAUCCUGGACUUCCAUCUAGACUUGAAAGAGAAAUUAAACAGCUUUAUCUUCAAAGAGUAUUAAAGAAUGAUACUUCAAAAUUAAAUAAAUUUAAAAUAAAAAUUGAAGAUUCUCCGCGACGCAAAGAUAUGGUCUUCAUGGGUGGUGCUGUAUUAGCAGAAAUUACAAAGGAUCGUGAAUCAGUAUGGAUAACAAGAGAAGAAUAUGAAGAAAAAGGUCUUAGUGUAUUAAAAAAAUUAGGUUCUUAUGAACCAUAAAAAAAAAAUAAUGAAAUAUAUACAAAAAUAUAUACUUUUUUUUUAUAUUUAAAGUUGUUCCAAAGUGCAAAGUUUUUAUAUUUUAUAUUCGCAAUUCAUUUAUAUCGAAUUGUUUUAAGUAUCUAGGUUGAAUAUAAUCAUAUAAGAAGUUCAAAAAAUACUAGAUUUUUAAAUUUUAAAAUUAAUUUUAUUUAAUAUAUAUAUUUCUAUAAACGUAUGAUUAUAUUAGAUUUAAAUAUUAUUAAAU